CUGUCUGGGCACCCAACUUUACCAUGCAAUGUACUCAAAUUCAAAUCAACUACCAUUAUGCUGGACUGUGGACUAGACAUGACUUCCACCCUCAAUUUCCUUCCUUUGCCACUUGUUCAAAGUCUCAGGCUGUCUAAUCUUCCUGGCUGGUCCCUAAAGGAUGGAAAUGCUUUCUUGGAAAAGGAGCUAAAGGAGUGCUCAGGUCAUGUAUUUGUGGAUUCUGUGCCUGAAUUCUGCUUACCAGAGACCGAGUUAAUAGAUCUGUCUACAGUCGAUGUGAUCCUCAUCUCUAACUAUCAUUGCAUGAUGGCACUGCCCUACAUCACUGAGCGCACUGGUUUCACAGGAACCGUAUAUGCUACAGAACCCACAGUUCAGAUCGGCAGGCUCCUCAUGGAAGAGCUGGUGAAUUUUAUUGAAAGAGUGCCAAAGGCUCAGUCUGCCUCCUUGUGGAAGAAUAAGGAUAUACAACGGCUGCUGCCUUCUCCCCUAAAGGAUGCAGUGGAAGUAUCAACUUGGAGAAGAUGUUAUACGAUGCAGGAGGUGAACUCGGCCCUUAGUAAAAUCCAGCUGGUGGGAUAUUCCCAGAAAAUAGAGCUUUUUGGUGCGGUGCAGGUGACUCCUCUAAGCUCUGGCUAUGCCCUUGGGAGCUCCAACUGGAUUAUCCAGUCUCAUUAUGAGAAAGUGUCAUAUGUCUCUGGAUCCUCCCUGCUCACGACACACCCUCAGCCCAUGGACCAGGCUUCUCUCAAAAACAGCGAUGUGCUCAUUUUGACGGGGCUCACCCAGAUCCCAACCGCAAACCCAGAUGGCAUGGUAGGAGAGUUCUGCAGCAACCUAGCACUCACGGUCCGGAAUGGAGGCAAUGUGUUGGUUCCCUGCUACCCAUCUGGAGUGAUCUAUGACCUCCUGGAGUGCCUGUAUCAAUACAUCGACUCCGCCGGCCUGUCCAGUGUCCCGUUCUACUUCAUCUCCCCUGUGGCCAACAGUUCACUCGAGUUUUCCCAGAUAUUUGCUGAGUGGCUUUGUCACAACAAACAGACUAAAGUGUAUCUCCCAGAACCUCCUUUUCCUCAUGCAGAGCUCAUUCAGACCAAUAAGCUGAAGCACUACCCUAGCAUCCACGGAGACUUCAGCAACGAUUUCAGACAGCCGUGUGUGGUGUUCACGGGACAUCCUUCUCUCCGUUUUGGGGAUGUGGUCCACUUCAUGGAGCUCUGGGGGAAGUCUAGUCUCAACACUGUCAUAUUCACAGAACCGGAUUUCUCCUACCUAGAAGCACUGGCUCCCUACCAGCCCUUGGCCAUGAAAUGCAUAUACUGCCCCAUUGAUACACGACUGAAUUUCAUCCAAGUGUCCAAGCUGCUUAAAGAAGUGCAGCCCCUCCACGUGGUGUGUCCUGAGCAGUAUACCCAGCCGCCCCCACCCCAGUCACACAGGACGGACCUGAUGAUUGACUGCCAGCCCCCUGCCAUGUCCUAUCACCGGGCCGAGGUCCUGGCCCUGCCCUUCAAACGUCGGUAUGAGAAGAUCGAAAUUAUGCCCGAGCUUGCAGAUUCCCUGGUGCCCAUGGAGAUUAAGCCUGGCAUUUCCUUGGCAACGGUUUCUGCUGUACUGCAUACUAAAGAUAACAAGCACAUUCUUCAGCCCCCUCCAAGGCCCACCCCGCCCACAAGUGGUAAGAAGAGAAAACGAGUGAGUGAUGACAUUCCAGACUGCAAAGUUGUGAAGCCUCUGCUGAGCGGCUCCAUUCCCGUGGAGCAGUUUGUGCAGACCUUAGAGAAGCAUGGCUUCAGUGAUAUUAAAGUGGAAGACACAGCCAAGGGCCACAUUGUCCUGCUUCAAGAAGCAGAGACGCUGAUCCAGAUUGAAGAAGAUUCAACUCAUAUCAUUUGUGACAAUGAUGAAAUGCUCAGAGUGCGGCUGCGGGACCUCGUCCUCAAAUUCUUACAGAAGUUCUAA